GUAACGCUGCACAGCGUGUAGCAACAACCACCAGGCAGGGCAGGGCAGGGCAAGUAGAGACACUGGGUUUGCGAGAGGCCUGAGUUCCUGUUCUGUAUGGAGGGUCCAGCAGCCCAAGGCCCCAGGCCAGGGGCCCUCCCUCAGGCCACAGAGAAUCUUGUACCACGAGUCAAGGACUGGCUGCCAGCAGAGCCCUGCUCCCUGCUCCCUGAGGGUGUUCCAGCCUGGGCCACCAAUCUAGAGUCACAGUUUCUGUCAGAUCUGGAGCUGAGUGAGGAGCAGCGGUUACAGAUCUCUAAGGAGCUGGUCAACCUUCAGAUCACAACCCAUCGCCUGCAGGAGCAGCAUGAGGCAGAAGUUUUCGAGCUAAAAAAGGAGGUCCUUCGCCUGGAGAGCCGGGUGCUAGAGCUGGAGCUGCAUGGAGAUCAUGCCAGGCCAGGGUGCACAGCCCCGGUGGAGGCCAACCCAGAUCACCACCAGGCACUAGCACAAGAGUUCAGUCAGAAAGCCAAGGCACCUGAAUGCACUGAUCACCGCAGACUCCAGCUACUGGGAGGCUGGGAGCAGCUACAAGAAGUAAAGCAGGCGCUGGAGCAUCACAAGGCCCAGCAGCAGGCACUAGAGACACGGAUGGCAGCCCUGGGCCAGCAGCUUCAGGGAGCCCAAGAGGAUGCCAGGGCAGCCAAGCAGCAACUGGCUGCACAAGCUGUGGUGCUGUCCACCUGCCAGGGCCAGCUCUGCCAAACCAAGGCUGAGAAUGCCCAGCUGCAGCUGAAGCUGAAGAAGCUGAAUGAAGAGUAUGCCAUCCGGCUGCAGCAUUGUGCCCAAGAGGUGGUGAAAUAUGCUGAUGGUACAGGCCAAGCAGGCCUUCAGACGUUCCUAGAGGCCACUCUGGAGAAUAUCCGGGCAGCACACCACAACCGUGAGCAACAGCUAGCACGGGCUGCUCGGGCCUACCGCAAACAUUUGGCAGAUCUGAGCUGUAGGCAUGAGGAGCUACUGGUCACUUGCAGUAUGCAGCAGAAGCAGCCCCAGCCACUGGUGGACCCCAACAGGGCACCUGGAACCCUCAAGGCUACCUUUGCUGCAACCACUGACCUGGAAUCACUGCCUGUGAAUCUGGCCACUGAGCUCAGUCACCUGCAGGACGAUAAGCACAGCAGGCUUGGAACACUGCUUUUCUACCCACAGAAGGGACCUGGUGAAGCCUCUCAAGGGGGUGCAGCAGAGCCACAGGGUCUACAUACUGCAUCCUGCGUUCAGAUCUGCCAGAAGCUCCAAGACUUCUCCCAAGGCACUCAGGCGGAGCUGGAACAUGAACGGGCACAGCUGUUGGUCAGGGCCUUUGUGGCCGAGGAGCAGCUUUCUGAGCUUCAGGAGUAUGUGGACCAGCACCUGGGCAGGUACAAGCAAGAAAUCCUGAGGCUGAGGAAGCUGGUGGGUACAGGGGACCCCUGGAAAGCAGGGGCCACACCUGCAGCCAAGCCCCAGCAUUCAAGGACCCACAGCCACUAAGCCAGUAGGCAGUCUUCCAAAGAGCACAGAUCAGACCUCUGCAAGCCAGCAUGGACCCCUCCCCAAACCCCAGCCUCAGUGUAUGGGGUCACCUCUCCCCGCAACUCACUAUGAAAGAAGUCAGCAUGA